UUCUUUGAAAGAGAUAACUGUUAGCAUGUUUAAGUGUUCAGUGCUGCCCUGCUGAAGAUGGAUCAGUAAGAUGUUAAAUUCACAAACUAAAGCAUAGUGAAACUCAGUCGUAGUAAGUGGAAUUCUUUCUAUCUCAGAUCAUUUUAUGGUUAAAUAUGCCACCCUGAAGUCCUUUGUGCGCUCUCGUCAAAUAAUGAUCUAUCACAAUGUACUGAAGUUCACAUCAUCUGUGCUUUCACAGAAAUGAGAAGCGCAAAGGAAUUAAACAUUCAUGCACAUGUUUAUCUUUGCACAUGUCCCGGAUAUGUUGGGAACCUGGGAACAAUUAUAUUGUAGACCGCUUCAUAUUCUACUAUGCUUUAGUGCAUGCGUUGCAUAAUCUCCCAUACUUCCUUAUAUUUUGGAUGUUAUGGACAUGCUUGAAUGUAAUUCCUUUGCUGCAUUCUCUAUUUUGUGCCAUUCCCUAAACUCUCCCGUGCUUAUUCUAAAACUGAUCCUUGUGAUUGUUAACAGAUUGGUAGGAUGCCAGUGGAAUUAGCUGCAAUCCAUGGAUGGAAGGAAUGUGUUGAGAUCCUCUUUCCUGUCACAUCCCGUGUAGCUAGAUUCACAGACUGGAGCAUUGAUGGAAUAAUUCAACAGUGCUCAGAUGGUAAUCUUCAUAAAAGUGAGGAACCUGCUUUCAAAGCGCUAGGGGAUGCUGCAUUUAAGAGAAAGGAUUAUACUCAUGCAUCGGCUCUAUACACCAAGGGAAUGGAGACUGACCCUAAGGAUUCAACCUUGUACGCAAAGAGGAGCCUUUGCUGGCUGCGUAUGGGUGAGAAAGACAAAGCUUUGGAUGAUGCCAAUACCUGCAAAUGUAUGAUUCUUGAUGUAUCAAAUUGCUGCCCUGAGCAAGGAGCAGCUCUAAUACCGACGGAGGACUAUGGCCAAGCAUCUGAAGCUCUUAUAUCUAGCUUGAAGUUGGAUUCUGGAAGCGGCCUGGUUGGUGAAGUAUCUGGAACUUGCAGGGAGGAGGAUAAGUGAAUAAAGGUUAGUUACUGCCCGGACAUGUGAAGCGUCCACUGAAGUUGUGAGGCGUUGUGUUUUGUUCGAUCUUGCACGUUGUACUGUAUUGCCUGUUGAUAUUCUGGUGAACAAAACGAUGUAAAGCGUGGAGAUGUAAGUACCUAUGCAUAGCACAAAGGAGUAGCUGGAUUGUAGAUGAUGCCUACAUGUUACAUAUGGUACUGAGCUGUGAAACUGAUCCAUGUACCAUAGUUGCUUAGUUGGGGUAUAGCUGCAAAUUUGGGACAAUAACUACACCACUAUUGCAAUUCAGAUUGUUGGGAGUUUAAACA